GUAAACCCAUCUUUCAACAUAACAUCACUCUUAUAGCUCUAUCAGAGGUCAAACAUAUCUAUUGAUUUAAAACCCAAUGGACUUCGUCAACCACCGUGUGGCCCAAGAGGCCGCUAAAGACCCCUCUGAGAUCUACACCGGCCUCGUCACGCCACUCAAUGUCAUCCUCCUCCUCAUCACCCUGUACACGACGUACCUACUCUAUAAGCCCUCCCCUCCGGUAUCCUUUCCGCGCGAGCCGCCUGCCAUCGUCUUCCGGACCUUCACCCCACGCACCCUGCUACACUUCAACGGAGAGGACGGCAAGCCGGUGUACCUAGCGGUGCGCGGCCGCGUCUUCGACGUCACGAGCGGCCGUAACUUCUACGGUCCCGGUGGCCCCUACGAGAACUUCGCCGGUCGCGAUGCUUCGCGCGGCCUUGCGUUCCAUAGCUUCGACGAGGAGAUGCUGACUAAGGACCUCGAUGGACCUCUGGAUAAACUCGAGGGCCUUGGACCCGAGGAGUGGGAGAGCUUGCAGGGCUGGGAAGAGAGAUUCAACAGCAAGUACAUGGUUGUUGGAAAACUGGUUGCUGCGGCUGAUGCGUAAAACGGUCUCGACGAACCCGCCGAGGGUACAUCGGAUAGGAUGAAUUAUGGUAAUGUUCUGAAGCGCUUGGUCUUUUAUUUACGGCUAGUAUUGGCUGCUAUUACUAUCUACUGAUGGAGAAUAAAGGAUUUUUAUCUACGAAGGCGCUCGAUUGAGACCCAGUCCAUGCGGAUAUUAAUUUACUUUAAUCAUUUGCAUGCAUCGAAAGCUGCUGCAUUUCUUAAUAUGUAUUAUGGUAAAUCAUAAGAUCCGACGUCUUGUUAUAAGGCAAUUCUAUUUUGUAAGGCGAUAUAAUCGUUAGCCAGUAUUCUUCGACUCGUGUGCAAUAGAAUUCUCUUUUCCG